CGGAUGACGGUAAUGAAAAAAAUAUGUUCUACUGCGCGUCGUCACUGUAUUGUUGUUGCCGUAAACGUUUGUGUGCGAUUUUCUAUUUCGAAAAUAAGUCUUGUAAACUUCCCAAAAAACUACACGACAGCAAUAUUAUUACCGUCGUUUCGCCUCCGUCGGUUUCGACCGUGUGGCCACACGCACACGUGGCCGCGUUUUGUGCGUCGCGAUCGGCCAUUGCGUGCGUUCAUCAACCGGCGGCGUCCCGUGCGUCGUCGCAAAACGGCUCGACGACAAAAUUUUCCCGCCGGCGUCCCGUCGGUAUCCAUUUUGGACGCCUCGGUAACGCCGCGCCACCAGGAACCCAGGAGCCGCGGCGGCGUCUCUCCCGUUGUGGACGUUUUCGUAUGCGUGCCGCAGUCGACCGGCUAGGCGCCGCCAUCGUGUCGCGCCAAUAACAUACAUACAUAUUUUGUUUUCCCAUUUCGUGAAAAUAACACCGAUUUUUAAAACUCGAAAAUCCACACACACACCCAUAGCCCCUUUUAAAAAGCCGGAUGCGACAAAUAACAAAAAAAAAAACGGUUAAUGUUUUUAUAUUAUUGUUUGUAUCCAUACAAUUUUACAUCACCGUUCGGAUCGUCAGACGGACAACAACGCACAAAAACCGACCGAGGCGAACGUGUCUCGUCGUCUACGGCCGCCGCGCCGACCGUUGUUGUUGUUGAUUUCGUUUGCGGCUGCGGCACACACACCGGCGUGCGGACGAGCGGCGGCCACAGUAACCGGCCGGUGCGCGUGCCACGUACAUGGUGUCCUGGUACCGGGCACCGCGCUGGGCUUGCAACAGUUUGCUACGUGCCGGCCAAAAGCCGAGUCGGGCUCUCCCGCCGCGAUAAUAACGUGGCAACCGUGUAUGCACGAUAUGAUCAACGGGUUAGCCGCGUGCCACGCGGUCCGUACGGCCGCCUGCGGUAACGGACCGCGCGCGCCCCUGAGAUCCUGGUACCGAAAACCUACGAUUCGUCGCAGAGUGACGUAACUGCCACGUUUUGACAUGGUUUAUGACAGGUGCCCGCGCGCGCACACCCGUUACUUCCACAGCCCCGCCGCCUACCGCUCUACGCUCGCCCGACCCUUCACCGGGCACCCUUUGGAGUUCCGGCGGCCGCCCGUCAAUCGUCAAGCACGAGCUUUCCGGUUCCAGUAACGACCCGAUCCGUCGCUUCUUUCAGUUAUUGUAUCAGUUACAAACACUACAACAUUAAUACAUUACCCCCUUAGUCUAAGCAAGUAGAGACAAAAACUACAAACAUACAAUAAGAUUUAAUCAAAAAACUACUUAAAUUAUUUAUUUAUUCUUAUUAACUACUUAAAUCAGAUACCUAUUGACAAAUUAUUCGGAUUAAAAAAAAAUUUUUUUUUAAAAACUACCGUUUCAAAACUGUGUACAUGCCCACGUUUAUUGAAAGCGAUAAUUUUAUUAUUUAAAUUAGGUAUACAAAAAAAUUAAAUUUAGAUAAUCCGAACAUUUUUUGUCCAUAAUAUGACAGAACGUAACUUUGGUGAAUUCGAAUACUCACAACACUUAAUGUAAACUAAAACACUUUAGAGUUGAAUUAAAUCAUUAUGUUAUAUAAUAUAUUGCCUUUGCACUGGUGCGUCGAAAAAUGCGAAGAAAAACGUUCACGAUUUCAUAAACAACAAACACAUAAUAUUUUGUUAUCCCUAAAAGUCCAUAUUAUAAAAAAUGUGUUGAUUGCAACUGGUUGGCCUGCCUGAAAAACAACCUAUCAUAUUUGAACUUUAUCGCAUUUCCAGAUUUAACGUGACAACAAUUCAGACACAUAUAAUAAUAUUUAUAUUAGACCUUUAUUUUAUAUACUAUAAUAUCUUUGUUCUAUUGCACCUAACCUACAGCGGCUAUCGCUGUUAUCACCAUAUCACUUAUCACUUAUCGCCUGUUGCACAUGUAAACAUCUUUAUCAAGUAGUACACAGAAUAAAUUAAAAUUAAUGAGUAUAAUGAAAUUAAAUUAGUUUCAUUUAUUCUGUGAUGUCAGCUUCAUAGUACAUGUUAUACUAUAAUAAUUAUAAUAUGAAAGAAUUCCAUAAUAAUUAUUGUUUCCACACUAAUGUGGUCACACUGAUUACGAGGUUGUUAUCUCAGUUUUUGUUUACGUGUUAUUGAACAGUUCAUUUCAUAAUUUGUGAUCGGCGGUACUCUGGGUCUGUACUCUGUAGCAUUUUUGAAAAGCUCUAUCGUUUUGUGUUUACAUGUUGAAAAAAGUUUAAGUAAAGUGUGUGAUUUUACACCUGUUAUCUUAGGUCUAGCGAUCAGAGGCCCUACUGGCGGUAUCGUCGUAGCUGUCAUACGUUGAGGACCCAACGGAAAAUCAAAAUUAAAAUGGAAAAUUAUUUUCAGGAGACUAAGAUAAAAAUAGAGGAUGAAGAUAAACAGUCGAUAGAGCAGCUUACCAAAGCCCCUGAGAAAACAUCCGAUGGAGAUGUGUAUAAUGACAUAAGUACGUGCAACAAAACCAUAGUUAAGGUCGAAGUGGACAUUUUGGGUGGUAAUCGUUUUGAGUCUGUAAUUGAAUAUGUAGAAAAUGAUCUUUCUGGUACGCCAACGAUAAAUGACGAUUUGGACGAAAUAUGUACAUUUGUCUGUGACGUAUGUAAAAUGUCAUUCGCUACCAAAAAGAAAGUGACACGACACAUUACUCUGGCACAUAGUGAUCACUCGACAUCCCGGAAUAGCAUUAGAAAACAAGUUAUCAAAACCAAAUCCAGUGUUAAUGGUACAAGUAAUGAAGCGAAUAAAAAAAUAGAAGGUUCUUCUACAAAAUCCAGCCUCAGAAAACAUCAACGAGCACACAAUGGUGAAAAGUCCUACAAUUGUGUAGUUUGCUUAAAGUCAUUUUCUAAUAAAUCGAGUUUCGCAACACAUGAACGGGUACACACUGGUGAAAAGCCCUACAAUUGUGCAGUGUGCUUAAAGUCAUUUACUCAAAAAGAGCACCUCACAACACAUCAACGCAUACACACUGGUGAGAAGCCCUACAAUUGUGCAGUGUGCUUAAAGUCAUUUACUCAAAAAGAGCACCUCACAACACAUCAACGCAUACACACUGGUGAGAAGCCCUACAAUUGUGCAGUGUGCUUAAAGUCAUUUAUUCGAAAAGAGCACCUCACAACACAUCAACGCAUACACACUGGUGAGAAGCCCUACAAUUGUGCAGUGUGCUUAAAGUCAUUUAUUCGAAAAGAGCACCUCACAACACAUCAACGCAUACACACUGGUGAGAAGCCCUACAAUUGUGCAGUGUGCUUAAAGUCAUUUACUCGAAAAUGUGAUCUGACAAUACAUGAACGCGUGCAUACAGGUGAAAAGCCCUACAAUUGUGCAGUGUGCUUAAAGUCAUUUAUUCGAAAAGAGCACCUCACAACACAUCAACGUAUACACACUGGUGAAAAGCCCUACAAUUGUGAUGUAUGCCUAAAGUCAUUUUCUGAUAAAUCGAGCCUCACAAAACAUGAACGCGUGCACACUGGUGAAAAGCCCUACAAUUGUGAUGUAUGCCUAAAGUCAUUUUCUGAUAAAUCGAGCCUCACAAAACAUGAACGCGUGCACACUGGUGAAAAGCCCUACAAUUGUGCAGUUUGCUUAAAGUCAUUUUCUAAUAGAUCGAGCCUAAUAAAACAUGAACGCGUGCACACUGGUGAAAAGCCGUACAAAUGUGCCAUUUGUUUAAAAUCAUUUUCUCAAAAUGCACACCUCACAAUACACAAACGCUUGCACACUGGUGAGAAGCCCUACAAAUGUGAUGUAUGCCUAAAGUUAUUUUCUGCUAAAUCGACCCUCACAAUACAUGAACGCGUUCACUCUGGGGAAAAGCCUUACAAAUGAGAUGUUCUGCUCAAGAUCUUUUUCUCAACACUUGAACUU